AUGAGCCUGGUGGCCUGCGAGGGUCCCCCCAGCCCCGGGCAGGAGCCCGAGCCCUGCUCGCGAGCACCGUCCCAGGCCCGUGUGUACCUGGAGCAGAUCCGCAACCGGGUGGCCCCGGGGCCGCCGGACUCGGCCAAGCGCGACUACUUGGUGGACGCGGCCACGCAGAUCCGGCUGGCCCUGGAGCGCGACGUCAGCGAGGACUACGAGGCCGCCUUCAACCACUACCAGAACAGCGUGGACGUCCUGCUGCGCGGCGUGCACGUCGACCCCAACAAGGAGCGGUGUGAGGCUGUGAAGCUGAAAAUCGCCAAGUACCUGCGGCGGGCAGAGGAGAUCUUCACCUGCCACCUGCAGCGGAGCCUGGGCGGCGGGGCCAGCCCUGGCGCGGGUUUCAGCAGCCUUCGGCUCCGGCCCAUCCGCACGCUGAGCUCGGCCCUGGAGCAGCUGAGGGGCUGCCGGGUGGUCGGGGUCAUCGAGAAGGUGCAGCUGGUCCAGGACCCGGCGACCGGAGGGACCUUCGUGGUGAAGAGCCUGUCCAGGUGUCCCACGGCGAGCCAGGAGCGGCUGACCAUCAUCCCGCACGGCGUCCCCUACAUGACCAAGCUGCUGCGGUACUUCGUCAGCGAGGACUCCAUCUUCCUGCACCUGGAGCAUGUGCAAGGAGGCACGCUCUGGUCCCACCUGCGCUCCCAGGCCCGCCCCCGGCAGGCCGGGCCCAGGCCUGGCUCCAGCCGGGAGAGGAUGAAGGCUCAGCUCAACCCCCACCUCAGCAUCCAGCCCCCGACGUCGCUGCCCCCUGGCCACACCCGCCUGCAGGACCCAGUGCCCCUGGAGUCUCCUUGGACUUGCCGGAGCUUCGCCCCAGCCAGGGAGGUGCCGCCCGUCGGACCCCAGCGAGAGGCUGAAGGUGCGCCCUCAGCCAGGACCAGCACCCCCUGCUCCUCUUCCUGCUCCUCGGACCCUCCGAAGGCUCCCGGUGGCCGCCUGCGCCUCCCGGCCCGGAGAGAACCUGGCCAGAACUCAGACACUGGGUCCCCCUGGGGGCUCUCUUGGGUCCGCGAGGGGGCGGGCCGGGUGCUGGGGGGCUGUGGCCGCAGCAGAGGUCCCAGCUGCCCCUCAGCGGACAAGGCCGGCCGGGGGCCCGGCGGGGGCGCCUGGAGCGUGAGGGAAGAGCAGGCCAAGCAGUGGGCGGCGGAGAUGCUGGUGGCCCUGGAGGCGCUGCACCAGCAGGGGGUGCUAUGCCGGGACCUCAAUCCCCGGAACCUGCUCCUGGACCAGGCAGGUCACAUUCGGCUCACGUACUUCGGCCAGUGGUCCGAGGUGGAGCCCCAGUGCUGCAGGGAGGCUGCGGACAAUCUCUACAGUGCCCCAGAGGUGGGUGGCAUUUCCGAGCUGACGGAAGCCUGUGACUGGUGGAGCUUUGGGUCUCUGCUGUAUGAACUGCUGACUGGCACGGCCCUCUCCCAGAGCCACCCCUCAGGAAUCCAGCCCCACACCCAGCUCCAGCUGCCCGAGUGGCUCAGUCGCUCAGCUGCCUCCCUGCUGACUGAGCUACUGCAGUUCGAUGCCAGCAGGCGCCUGGGAACUGGAGGGGGCGGUGUCAACAGGCUCAAGACCCACCCCUUUUUCAGUACCAUCCAGUGGAGCAAGCUGGUGGGGUAA